CACAUACCUAUUAUGAAGCAAAGAACCAUUCUUUCCUUUUUUUUUCUUCACUAUCUGACCUUAAAUUCUCUCUCUUUUUCCCCUACUUUUGGUGGGGUUAGCUGUUUUCUUGAAAAAAUUGGAUUUUUUCAACUGGAAUGCAAAUUUUGGCUAAAGAUCAAAUCUGGGUUGUGUUUUUCUUGGUUCAAAAUCUGAUCUUUUUUGCUCUAUUUUGUGGAUUUUUUUAUUCUGAAGAACAGCAGCAGCUAUGCCUACUCUUGUUAAUUACAGUGGUGAUGAUGAGUUCUAUUCUGGUGGACCAUUUUGUUCUGCCGAAGUUUACUGCCCUCCUAGGAAGAGGGUGCGCAUUAGUAGCCCGUUUGUUGUUGAAGACCGGUCAAAGGAUCCAUCUCUUGAAAUUCUUCCCGAUGAAUGCCUAUUCGAGAUCCUCAGACGAUUGCCAGGAGGCCGUGAAAGGAGUGCAGCAGCUUGUGUUUCUAAGCGUUGGCUUAUGUUGUUGAGUAGCGUGCGGAACUCCGAAAUUUGCAGGAGCAAGAGCCAGAACAAUCUUUCAAGUGUAGAGGAAGUAAAUGGAGAUUCAAAUGACACAACAAUGAUCUCUAAAGAUGAAGAUCUUGAAAAAGAAUGUGAUGGAUACCUUACUAGGUGCGUGGAAGGGAAGAAAGCUACUGAUAUUAGACUUGCUGCGAUUGCAGUUGGAACUUCUAGCCGUGGGGGACUAGGAAAGCUUUCUGUCCGUGGGAGUAACUCAGUUCGUGGUAUUACUAAUGUUGGUCUAUCCGCAAUUGCACAUGGUUGCCCUUCUCUUAGGGUCCUAUCGUUGUGGAAUGUUCCUUCUAUUGGAGAUGAAGGUCUCUUUGAGAUUGCAAGGGAAUGCCAUUCAUUAGAAAAGUUGGAUCUGAGCCAAUGCCCUUCAAUUUCCAACAAGGGACUUGUUGCAAUAGCAGAGAAUUGCUCGAGCUUGACUUCUUUGACAAUAGAAUCUUGUCCGAAUAUCGGAAAUGAGGGAUUACAAGCUAUUGGAAGAUGUUGCACCAAAUUACAGUCUCUUACCAUUAAGGACUGCCCUCUUGUUGGGGAUCAGGGAGUCGCUAGUCUUCUUUCAUCGGGUGCUACAAUGUUGACAAAAGUGAAACUACAGGGUCUAAACAUCACGGAUUUCUCUCUUGCUGUUAUUGGUCACUAUGGCAAGAUGAUUGCCAAUCUUAAUCUUAGUUCACUCCGAAAUGUGAGUCAGAAGGGAUUUUGGGUCAUGGGUAAUGCUCAGGGUCUCCAGUCUCUGGUUUCUUUGACGAUCACCUUAUGCAGGGGAGCCACAGAUGUUGGUCUUGAAGCUGUGGGAAAGGGAUGCCCGAAUCUGAAACAUAUGUGCAUUCGCAAGUGUUGCUUUGUUUCUGACGGUGGACUGGUUGCUUUGGCUAAAGCUGCUGGAUCUCUUGAGAGUGUACACUUGGAGGAGUGCAACAGGAUUACCCAAACGGGUAUCCUAAAUGCGGUUUCCAACUGCAGGAAAUUAAAGUCUCUUUCCCUAGUGAAGUGCAUGGGGAUCAAGGAUCUAGCUCUACAAACUUCCUUGUUGUCUCCAUGUGAAUCUCUGCGGUCCUUGUCUAUCCGAUGUUGUCCAGGAUUUGGGAGUACUAGCUUAGCCAUGGUUGGUAAGCUCUGCCCCAAGCUGCAUCAAUUAGAUCUCAGUGGGCUUUGUGGAAUAACGGAUGCGGGUCUUCUUCCACUCUUGGAAAGCUGUGAACCAGGACUCGUUAAGGUGAAUCUUAGCGACUGCCUGAACUUGACAGAUCAAGUGGCGAUCUCAUUGGCUAGGCAACAUGGCGAGACCCUGGAAUUGCUGAAUCUUGACGGAUGCAGGAAGAUUACCGACGCAAGUUUGAUGGAAAUUGCAGAUAAUUGCCCAUUACUUAAUGAUCUUGAUGUUUCUACGUGUGCAAUAACUGAUUCUGGUGUUGCUGGUUUAUCCUGUGGAGUGCAAGUGAAUUUGCAGGUCCUUUCCUUAUCAGGUUGCUUGAUGGUAUCAAACAAGAGCGUUCCUUCUCUUAAAAAGUUGGGGGAGAAUCUACUUGGUUUGAAUCUCCAACGUUGCUCCGUUAGUUGCAGCGCUGUCGAGCUUCUUGUGGAGGAUUUGUGGAGAUGUGAUAUUCUUUCCUAAACCGAAGGUGCAUCAAAAAGGGGUUUGAAAGAAGAAGCAGAAAGGCUAUUUGGUUCAUUCAGCUUCUGGCGAGACAGAACCACACAUGAGUGUUGUUUUUUAGCCCGUGUAUUCGCGGCCAUCUGAUACUUCAGUGUCUCGGUUGUUUUCCGGGAGGCUAUGGCAAACCACUUUUUUCCAGGCUUCAUCAAGUCUAAGCCUGUUUCCGACGUUUUUGGUCUCACAUUUUAUGGAGACUGCCUCUAUCGUGCCAUGGUUUCCUGAGAAUACAGUCACCGAGCACUGACUUCAAAAUUUUCACUCAUGUUGUUCCUUGUAAAGCUAGGCAGCUUGAAUCAUUCAGCUAAUACUUCUGUGGACGGAUUCGUCAUGCAUUUUCCUCCUCGGUAUGCUACAUUGCAGAAUCAGACAGUGGUUUCAUAGUUUAUCAUGUUAAGAGAGUCUUUAGUGUUCAUGUAAGUAUCUUCUUUGUGUAUUAGGCUUUAAUUGCUUUGUGCAAUUCUGUAGUUUGGUGCCUGUUAUUCAGGGGCUUGGCCUUACAACCUACCUAGGUUGUUUUUUUCCUUACCAAGUCCUAGUUUUUGAUAGGAUUAUCAGUCCUAUUUUUAGCAGGUUUCCUACAUUUUCAGAUUUGUACACUGCAACUAUGUUUUAUAUAAUGAAAGUGGUAGUUUGUAAUGAA